GGGCCAAGACUAAAACUCGUCUGAAACUUCUAAUAGCCCACUCGAGGUGGCCCUAACAAAAGGAAGAUUCUUGUAUGGAAUACCCAACCUAACAAACUAACAAGUGAUCUUCAAAACAAAAUUCUAUUUUUGACGAAUAACAAUUUUUCAUAGAGGAGAUCCUGCUUUUCAGUUUUCAAUUUUCGCGUUACUUGUUUGCACACGCACAGGCAAUCUUGGAGUGAAUUGGGACGGAUCAUUAGAACUACUUGUAAUAUAUCAUUUUGAUGAGAUGUACAAGGAUAGGGUAAAAGCACUUUGGCGAGCUAUCAGUGCGACAAAGUUUGUAAACGAUGACAAUGAACCAUGUCAAAUGGAAGAGGGUCUCUUCGUGGGGUCUGCUGCAGCAGCAAACAACAUAGCUGCAUUGAAACAGCAUAAUAUUACUCACAUCUUGACUGUGGCUGGUUUUAUUCCCCCUGCUCAUCCACACGACUUCACGUAUAAAAUCAUUGAUGUGGUGGACACAGUAUGUACCAAUCUUGCUCAGUACUUUGAUGGAUGUAUUGAUUUCAUUGAUGAAGCUAAAAGGUCAGGUGGUGGGGUAUUAGUUCACUGCUUUGCGGGGAAAUCCAGAAGUGUGACUAUUAUUCUUGCGUAUCUGAUCAAAAAGCACGGCAUGACUCUAUCUCAAGCUCUUGAAUACGUGAGAAGCAAAAGACCACAGGCAUCACCUAAUCCCGGCUUCUUACAGCAGCUACGGAAGUAUGAACAAUCACUGCAAGGUAUCGAGACUCAAGGUUCAGUUAGUCAGCUAAGCAAUGUCCCAAUUGAAGGUUCCAAAGAAUUAUGAGUUACUUCUUGCUUGAAGAUGCCAUCAUUGAGAAUUUCGAGAUCAGAAGUGUAUGUAUUGAAAUUCUUGCACACCAUCUAUUAUUUGUUAUAUCUACUUGUUUAGUGCUUCAAUUGCUGAAUUUUGCAAUAUUGAUAUUUCAUUUUCACUA